UAGUUAAAAGCGCAUCAUGAAAGUCAAAGCAAUGCUCUGGGCGCUGCUGGUGGUCGUCCUUGCGACAGGAUACAGUGAUGCCAACAAAAUCACGAGCUGUCACAGCUGCAGCGGCAUCAACUGCCAGCGAACGGGAGUGUCUCUGGUGCAGAAGUGCGUCGACUCGCUGGAUUACUGCGUGACCAUCUACGAGAAUUCCAAAGUCCUGUAUAAAGGCUGCUCCCUGGAAAUACCAGCUAAACUGCGCCAUCGCUGUGAUUCACCUCACGAUGAUUCGUGCUUCAAGUGCAACUCGGACAACUGCAACAACGUGGGCUCCAUGAGGUUCGCCUGUGUGCAGUGCGACUCCAGCAAGGACGCCAACUGCGCCGAGAACGCAACCAGUUUGAGGCCAACCGUGUGCACAGCUCCAACCGCUCCCAACUCCUACUGCUAUGUGAAGGCCUCUGGCUCGGGCAGCAACAUUCAGCGCGGUUGCUCAACCACGGUGACCGAUCAGCAGAGCUGCCUCCAGGAUGCCAACUGCCUGCUCUGCUCCUCCGGCGAUAUUCGUGCCUGCAACAGCUUGAAUAUUACAUUCGAUUCAAAUGCCGGCAAUCGCUUCAUUCGCUUUCUGCGCUAGUCUUAAUGUUGCUAAAAAA